GCCGUGGUGUUGCCGCCAGCCUCUCCAUUUCUGCCGCCGGGCGCUCCCCGUGCUAGCUUCCCCGCCCGCGCAUUACACGACAGUACCCCGGAGAGCUUCAGCCUCAUCGCAGGCGCCCGUUGCCCAUCCACGAGCUCCACCGUCUGACGGCGUUCACACUGCACAGCCAUGGCGGACCUAGCAGGCGGCGGCGAGCUGAACCAGUCCGUCCUCAACCUGACGCCCGAGGAGAAGCGCGUGUUCCAGCACCUCUUCCAGCAGGCCGACACAGAGAAGCUCGGCGUCAUAACGGGCGAGAUCGCCGUCAAGUUCUUCGAGCGCACCAAGCUGGCCCCGGCCGUCCUGGGCGAGAUAUGGCAGAUUGCAGACACGGAGAACCGCGGCCUGCUGACCAUGGCUGGCUUCUGCCAGGUCCUGCGACUCAUCGGACACUACCAGGCUGGCCGAGACCCUUCGCCGGAGCUGGCAUUCAGGCCUGCACCGCUACCCAAGUUUGAGGGUCUCUCAGUACCGGCUGCAUCGCCCGCAGCUCCCCAGGGCUUCUCUCCUCAGACCACAGGACCCUUGCAGGCUCAGGUCAGCGGCCAGGGCCCCAUCCGCGUCCCUCCGCUCGUUCCCGCCAAGGCCUCCGAGUAUGCUGGCCUGUUUGAGAAGUCGGGCGCCGUCAAUGGCGUGCUAUCUGGCGAGAAUGCAAAGGAGAUCUUUGAAAAAGCAAGACUACCCAACGAGGUCCUCGGUCGGAUCUGGAACCUCUCGGAUACAGAGCAGCGCGGCGCUUUGAACGUCACCGAGUUCAUCAUUGCCAUGCACCUUCUUGCUUCCUACCGCACAGGGAACAUGAAGGCUCUGCCCAACACCCUGCCUCCUGGGCUAUACGAAGCUGCGUCUCGAAGGGGGGGCUUACCACCUCCUCCGGGCCGCCCGGAUCAAGCAUCGAUCCCGCGCCAGUUCAGCGGUCAGCAGAACGUUCCAAGGACAGCGAGUCCUCUCAGACAGCCGCCCUUUGGGCCACCAGCACCAGUGCAGCAGACGAGCAACGACUGGCUGAUCAGCCCACAAGAGAAGGCUUCAUACGACAACCUGUUCAAGGGAGUCGACACAAUGGGCCGCGGGUUCAUCACAGGAGAGCAGGCAGUGCGCUUUUUCAGCGACUCUGGGCUGCCAGAAGACAUUCUUGCAGGCAUUUGGGACCUUGCGGAUAUCAACUCUGAAGGGCAGCUAUCCAAGGACGAGUUUGCAGUCGCCAUGUACCUGAUCCGACAGCAGCGAAAGGGUGAUCAGUUGCCUCAAACCCUCCCUUCGAACCUUAUUCCCCCGAGUCUGCGAACACGGGCGAACCAGCAAGCUCCCGCUGUUGCGCCACCUCCACCACAACCCAAGUCAGCUGCUGAUGAUCUUUUCGGUUUGGACGCAUUCUCUGCUCCUGAGCCUGCGUCACCACAGCGAGCUAUGGAUACAGGCGGCUCUGCUGCGUUCGGCAAGCCGUUCGACAGUGAUCCAUUCGAAAGCAAGGCUGCGUCGCCGGCAUCUCCUGGACCAUUCCAACCACAGCCGCGCAACCCUGCCUCCACAUUCAAGCCUUUCUUACCUACCUCCUCGUUCGGUCAAACGCUCACUUCGCACUCGACUGGUCAGUCAGGGACCUCGCAGCGAAACCAGCCUUCGGCUAUGGAUGACCUCCUGGGCGAGAGCGAUCCUGAAAUCAACAAGAAGCUUACGCAGGACUCGACUGAGCUGGCCAACAUGUCCAAUCAGAUGACUACAUUGAGGAACCAGAUGCAGGAGGUGCAAAGCAAGAAGGAGGCUACGCAAAGCGACCUCAACAGCGUGACCAACCAACGACGAGAGCUCGAGGUUCGGCUGUCGCAGUUCAAGACAACAUAUGAGCAGGAGGUCAAGGCUGUCAAGGCGCUCGAGGACCGUCUUGCAGCUUCGCGCAACGAGACACGCAAGUUGCAACAGGACAUCGCUAUGCUUGAAGGAACUUACCAGGACCUUCAAACCCAGCAUCGUCAAGUUGGAGGCGCUCUUGAGGCUGACCAACGCGAGAACGCCAACCUCAAAGAGCGCAUCCGCCAACUGAAUGCUGAAGUCGCGCAGCUGCGACCUCAGCUUGAGAAGAUGAGGACAGACGCACGACAGCAGAAGGGUAUGGUGUCCAUCAACAAGAAACAGUUGGCUACCAACGAAGGAGAGCGUGACAAGAUCAAGAAUGAGAUGAACGAUCUGAGCAGAGCUGCGGAGGAAGCCGCACGAAGCCCACCACAGCAGUCAACACCAGCAGUCGCCAGCCCCGCCGCAUCUACAACGAGCCAGUCCACCAACCCCUUCUUCCGCAAGUCGCCGGGUCAAACCUCAGACAACGCCAUGUCUCCCUCUGGCUUUGCUCAAGGACCGCACAAGGACUUUGAUAGCGUCUUCGGUUCUUUCGCUCCUGCGCAGAACACCCCGCCACCGGUUUCUUUCCGCUCGGAGAACCAGAGCCACGUACCUAACUUCUCUGCCCCAUCUGGACAGUCUGUUCGCUCUUCUGAGGGUCCUGAUGUCCCCACUCCAUCCACCUCGCCACCUCUCUCGUCCUACCAGGAGUCGCCCCGUGGUGUAGAACCUCCAGCUGCUCCCGAGUCUCGCCAAUUCACCUCGUCGUUCUUGCCUCUCAGGCAAGAUGGCCCCCGAUCCGACUCAUUCAGCUCCUCUGUCAAGGUCUCUGCCCCUGCUAGCAGAUACGGUGGUCCCGGUGCCCCGGGCCAAGAGACACCCACUGUGUCGAAGGCCUCGCCCGCCGGCACUCCUGUCCCCGAGAAGGCCACAUUGGAGCGAAGCGAGACGAACCGCACAGAGCCUGACAGAUUCAACCCUUCUCAGCCGUUCUCUUUCGAUCGCAACUUUUCUACAGCCUCGCCUGUAGCCAGCGUGACCAGCGACACUCAGCGAUCCACAAGGGCUGAGCCACAACGCCAGGAUACCUUCUCCAGCUUCGGCGCUCCCUCUGCUGCGGUCCAGGACAUCCCUGGAGCUUUCCCCCGCGAGGCUGCCACGCCUCUUCAGCAGAACCCCACUGGAGACAGCAGCUUCAGCAACCAGAGCAAGAACACCAACCGUGCUGAUCCCUUCGGCAGUACCACCAGCGAGAACUCUCGUCCUGGUGGCAAGGUCGAUUUUGAUUCUGCCUUCGCUGGUUUCGGUUCUAGCCGCCAGAACACUGCCUCUGGUUCUGGUGCUAACGGCUCUACGGACAACUCCAACAAGUUCAACAAGGAGUUUCCACCCAUUGAGGAUCUGACUCACGAUGAUGAAAGCGAUAGCGAUAACGAGCAAGGCUUUGAUGACAACUUUACUGCGACAUCUCCUCAACAAAAGCGCAGCAGUGUUGGUCAACAAUCGUCGCAGCAACAGCCACAGCAGCAGCGUCCAGGUACUGCAUCGACAGACGAGCUGUACAGGUCACCACCACCGCCAACCACUCGUCUUGACUCGAACCUCGGCGGUCUGCCUUCCGCAGAUGCACAGAAGUCGCCGCCAGCGUACGACUCGACGGUCGGUCAGCGCAGUGGUUCAAACCAGUUCCCUCCUGAGUUCGGCGGCUUGCUGCCCUCUCGCGAAGUCCCGAACUCACCCACUACCUCACAAUCGCCUGAGAAGUCUUUCAGUCCUGCUGGUGGCCACGGUGCAGUCCUGUUCGGUGGUCCUUCCUCGAAGCCAACGACGAUAUCGCCCCCACCAAACGAUACACCGUCGUCGACUGUUCCGUCCGAUGCUUACCACUCCGCUGUGUCGUACGGUACGAGCGACAAUGCGGGUGCCUCCCAGGCUACAAACCAACCUCAGCUGCAGAGGUCGGCCUUCAACGACGACUUCGAUGCUGGCUUCGACGACUUGACUGAUGCUAAGGAAGACGAAAAGGCUGAUGACGACUUCAUAUUCUCCUCGCAUCAGCGCGAUGAGCUUGAUGAGUUCAACCCUGUUUUCGACUCGCCUGCGGCAUCCAAAUCUAACACAAUGGCAUCGCAGCAGACACCUACAGGCAAGCCGCGCGGUGACGACAGCUUCAGCGACUUCGAGCACUUGUCACACGGCUUUGGACAGCCUCAGGCACCUCAGCCCUCCUCUUCGACCCAGGACUGGGAUGCCAUCUUUUCCAACCUCGAGUCCUCGCAAAACGAUAAGUCCGGGCACUCUCAGCAGCAGACCACCGACUUCAGCAAGUCUGUCUUUGACAGCCUCGACAAUGAAGAUGCUGGUGCCUCGUCCUCGAAGCAGGGACACCUGUCUCCUCAGUCACCCCAGAUGCCUCAGUUGGGCCGUGCAAUCAGCAGCGGUACCGAGCACGACGACCCUAUCUUGAAGAAGUUGACAGCCAUGGGCUACAACCGUAACGAGGCUCUCAGUGCUUUGGAGAAGUUCGACUAUGACAUCAACAAGGCUACGGACUACUUGGUCUCUGGGCAGCAGUAACUGGAUCUCGCAGCACAACUGGUACGAAACGUAAUCUAGCGCGACACACAGUAUGUUUGAAUUGAAUUUUUGUACGAGUACAUCUUUCAGCAUGGCUUGCCGUACCCUUGAGCGUUGAUCUUCCGGUCUGUCGUUCUCGCAUUGUAGUAUGCAUUUGUGGCGGCUUGACUGCCAGUGGGUUCAGACUUUCCUUGCACAUACUUCGCAAUAAUCAAGAUUGAUUUCCGCUCACCAGACCGAUGGCUACGUACACAUACUGCGCCAUGUUCGUGACGUUUGG